AGGGGAAAAAAAAUUUAUUGAUGCAUAUAUAUACUUUCCUUUAGGAGGACCAAGGAAACAAUCACUUGGAAACAUUUAUCAACAACCACCCUAUUCUCAAUCAACACCCGCCAAUAUGAGCAAUAAUGGAGGUGGGGGUGGUGCAUUAGAUAAUCUUAUGGCAGAUCUGAUGAAUUCUAUGAAUGAUGACCUUCAUCUAGGCACAAUGCCUACAAAUAUUAAUAAUAAUAGUUGUGGUGUGUGUGGGGAAGAAUUUGAUUAUAGAGACGAUGUAAAGACAGUGGAUAACAAGUGUUACCACAAAGCAUGCUUUACUUGCCGCUUGUGUUGCCAACCAUUUGAUCAGCGUCGUACACACUAUGAGCAUGAAGGAAAGUUGUACUGUGAAAGAGACUAUCACGUUGUGAAGAAUAGGAUGACUUGCGCUACAUGUGAAAAAGUGAUUCCACCUCAUAUACCACCUAUUAAAGCAUUAGGCAAAUUUUAUCACCCAGGACAUAUCAAAUGUUAUCACUGUUAUGAUCCCAUCGACGAACGAACGGGAUGGAAAGAGUAUCAGGGUCGACUGUACUGUAGAUCCGACUUUAAAUCCUUAUUUUUACCCAAAUGCAGGGCAUGCAACCGACCUGUUGAAAAGGAGGCAGUGUCUGCAAUGGAUGGCAAAUUAAAAGGCAAGUGGCAUUUAGAGUGCUUUGGUUGUCAUACGUGUCAUCGUCCGUUCCCAGAUAAUACCUUUUAUGUCUUUGAGGACUCACCUUAUUGUAAAAGACAUUACCAUCAAUUAAACAAUUCCUUGUGUAGAACGUGUGAUGAACCCAUAGAAGGACCAUGUGCACAGACAAUUGAAGGUUGGCGAUUCCAUCCUUCUUGUUUUGGUUGCAGUGUUUGUCACUAUCCCAUUACAGAUAUUUAUUACAUGUUUGAAAGAAGAAUCUAUUGUGAGACACAUAUCAGACAAUUACAGAUGCAACGCAAUGUACGAGCAGAAAAGCGCAAGACACAAUUUGGAAGGAUUUAACUUUAUUUAAACACCUUUGUGGUCAAAUGCGAACCACCAAAUUAAAAUACCAGCUACAAUAAGUAAAAUAAUAAAAAUAACAAAACACAUCCAUUUUUUCUAUUUUUAUAAUUGUUUAAAAUGU